UUGGGUCUACCUUUGUGGAAUGUCAAAGCAAAGAUUUGACAAAUCAUCUCAAAUAACAACAAACAGUUUGUUUACAUUCUUCCUCCCUAUUCCAGCUGCUCGUUUCUUCUUGUGUAACAGAUAAUCCGUACACACCUAAUCUAGUUCUAAUUUCCCACAAAAUAUUGAAAAUGUUACCUUCACUGUUGUUCUGUACACUUUUGGUGCUAUCCACUGCAAACUCCGGUGCAGAAGCUAAGGCAAAUCUUACAAAGGUAACUUGGGCACAUGCAGUAAAUGAUGCUGAAUUUCUAACCCGUGUUCUGGCAAGUGACAUUCAGUUCGUCGAAGCGGACAUUUCGCUCGGAUACCUGAAGGACGACGUGAACAAAGAACAUGAAAUUCCAAUCAUGGCUCAUCCACCUGCUACGGAAUCGGACAUUUCACUCGAAACGUUCCUUACCCGCAUUUUACAGUACAACCGGGACGUCGUAAAAGACACCUCCAAAGUGAAAGGAGUAAAGUUGGAUUUUAAAUCCAUUGGAGCCUUCGAGGGUUCCAUCGAUAUCAUUCGUACCAACUAUGACAUGACCUCAUUUGCCACGUGGAUCAAUGCAGACAUUUUACCAGGACCAGUAGACAAUACUGCUACUAUUCCAGUGGAUUCGACUCGCUUCUUUGCCGCUGCUAGACGUCUCGGUAAAGCUACACUAUCAAUCGGAUGGACCACUCGAUGGGGUGCGGACUUUACGGAUGGCUUGUACACGAACCCCCAGGUUGAUGCUAUGAUCGAUGCGAUUCGCACAAACGCUAUCGAUAAGGCUGGUAACCCCAUCACGUUCCCCGUGAGAGCAGGAAUUGUGGCGAACAGCGUGAAGAACAUGAUUCGUUUAUACUGCGACUUAAAGGACACGAACGACGUAACGUUCACAAUAUGGUCGAGUGCAGAUGAUGCUGUGAAUGUUGAGAAGCUGCGUGAAUUCAUUUUUACCGCAGGACUUGACCGCACAUACGUUGAUGUGCCGGAAGAUUUGCACCGGAAGCUUCAUCUGGAUGAAAACGCCUUCAGCGAUACAUGCAAAAAAACGCUCCAAGCGCGAUGCUUCGACUAAAGUGCUGUAUUUGGCUGAUUGACGCUAGGAAUGUGAACCCAAACCAGUCGUGUUGUUGGGUCGUGAAUUAACAAUCCUACUAUUUGAGGCACCUAAAGUUCACCUUUGAUGUAAUAAAUGAAAUUAAGCAAAAA